AUUCGCUCCUUUUCCCGCCGUGGAAUAGAGUCCGGAGGGUCUCUGAUUGCGCAGGUAAUCCAUAAGUGGUACCCUGCUUAGCGUCGGUUUGUUAUAUAACCACUUCGAUUGGGGGGAAAUAAAACGUUUGCUUUCAUAACAUUGUAUCAGACGAUCUUCAGGUGUACAAGUUCUAGGAUUUCGCAGAUAUAUACUUCGACUAAAUUGAAAACGAUUCUAUAUUCCAAGUUUAUUUUUUUCUAAGAAAUAUAUCGCUUGCAUAUUCUGAAGUAAGUUCUGUCAUAAAUUGUUAUUGUAUUUCGGAAAAUUUUACUAAAAAAAUAAUAAACAUUUAGUUUAAUUGUUUUUAGGAAUUUAUUUUUCCUUCAAAAUGAUGCAAUAUUACUUGUAAUUACUCAUUAGCCUUAUUUUCGAACUAUUGAGAUUGUGUAUUCGCAUCAAGGUUGUAAAAUUAUUAUAUUUAAGUGCUGAUUGUUUAUUUAUUUUUUUAAACUGAGACUUCAGUUGUAGUUUGUCACUUCGCUAUUCGAAGAGAAAGUGUUGAUUUAAACGCAGUAUAAUAUUAGCAAAGAAUUGCUUAUUAAGGAAACAUUACGUGAAUAAAAAAUUUUUGAUUUUUGAAUUAGUUCACUGAACUUGAUUGUCUGAAUUAUUUUUAACGGGAACUGUAAAAACAUGAAUGAAACAAUGUUAUUGAGCAAUACAACUCUAGCCAGCCAACAACAGCUUACUCUUGGCAACGUGGACUAUUUUGUUAUUGUUGUGAUGUUGUUGAUAUCUUCGGGAAUCGGACUGUAUUUCCGAUUUUCUGGAGGUAAACAAAAAACUACUCAGGAAUUUUUUCUUGCUGGCCGGACAAUGUCUGUAUUUCCAGUUGCAUUCUCUAUAAUGGCCAGUGGAAACUCAGCAAUCACGUACCUUGGUGUACCAUCUGAUAUGUAUGUAUAUGGAACACAUUUUGCCUUUAUAAUAUUAGGAAACACAGCUGGUGCUCUUGCUGCUGGAUUUUUGUUUCUGCCUGUGUUUUUUUGUACAAAUGCAAGCACAACAUACGAGUAUCUGGAGAAACGAUUUGGAAGAGUAUUAAGGAUUAUAUGCUCGUUAAGCUUUUCUAUUCAAGCAAUUUUAUAUAUUGCCGUUGUUUUAUAUGCUCCUGCCCUAGCCUUAAGUGCUGUUACUAGUCUUUCAAUAUGGACAUCUGUUAUUUCUGUUGGAGUCGUAUGCACAUUUUAUUGUACCCUGGGUGGUAUGAAAGCUGUUCUUUGGACGGAUGUCUUCCAAGCUACUCUAAUGUAUGGUGGUAUGAUAAUUAUGGUAAUUAAAGGUAGUUCUGAUGUUGGAGGAUUUCAAACUGUUAUAUCAAGAUCAAUUGAAGGCGGAAGGCUUCUUGUACCAGGAUUUUUCAUUGACUUCACAACUCGGUACACAUUCUUCAACAUUUUCAUUUAUGGUUUUGUCACCACUUUGUCUGCAUACGGGGCAAGCCAGAUGCAAGUACAAAGGUUGCUCACAGUUAGCACAUUAAAAAAGGCUCAAUGGGCCUUAUUUGCAAGUCUCCCUUGUACUUUCGUCUUUCAUAUUGUUAACUGUUUCACAGGCCUUGUUUUGUAUGCUUAUUUUUAUCACUGUGAUCCACAAGCUGCGGAUAAUAAAAUUACCAAACCUGAUCAGCUGUUGCCUUAUUUUUCGAUGAUAUCUUUGGGACAAUAUCCUGGAGUAGCUGGGUUGUGUAUUUGUGGCAUGUUAAGCGCUGCUUUAAGCACAAUGUCUUCAAUGGUAAACUCCCUGUCCACUGUAACUGUUGAGGAUUUCAUGAAGCCUGUUUGUGCCAUGAAAGGAUUAGGUGAAGAACGAACUGCAUUUGUCGCUAAAAUGAUAACUCUGUGUUACGGAACCAUUGGCCUUCUUCUUACAUAUAUCGUGGCUAGCUUUGGAAAUGUACUGCAGGCCUCUACUAUAGUCUACGGACUUGUAGCUGGCCCUACACUAGGCGUUUUCCUAUUAGGUGUUUUAACAGCAAGAACCAAUGAAAAGGGGGCGAUUAUUGGAUUGCUGUGUUCUAUUUCUGUGACAGCUUGGAUAAGUUUCGGUAGUGCUUCUACAAAUAUCGCUCAUCCUAAGUUACCUGUUUCUACCGAUGGAUGUUUUGCCAAUCAAAGUUUCAUGUCAAAUAUCACGCCAAGUGUGCCUAAAGAAUAUUCCAGCUUAGAAUCCUUUUCUACAAUGCCUACUUUUAUGCCAGUGACUUCUUCUGUAGAAGAAGAUUCUCAAGAUCAUAUUUUUCCUCUUUACAAAAUCUCUUAUAUGUGGUUUAGUCCUAUUGGAGUAAUGAUCACUGUAAUACUGGGCUACUGUUGCAGUUACUUGUUUGGUAAGCCAACAGUGUUUGAAGAUAAUUUGCUCAAUCCAAUCGUCUAUAAGAUGAAAAUGAGAUCUUCGAAAGAAAAGGAAAAUGUAGAGCUAACAACAAUCUGUCCUCUUACAAAUGGGGUGAAUUUAAAGGGAGAACAUUCAGUGAGAUAAUACAAGAGUUCAUAAUCUGACAUCAUGAUUCAACAUUCAGAGAAUGUGAUUUCGCAUAUACUAAAAUAUGUUUCUAUGCAAUAUCUGUUACAUAAAAUAAUUUAACUCUUGUAUUUUUUUUUAAGGAAAAUGAAAUUUGUUAAUGUAAAAUUUAAAGAAAUAUAAAAUUUGUUGCUUAUUGCAAAUUUCCUGAUGAAAUAAAUUUCAUUACUGUCAAGAAAUGUAAAAUAUUCAGAAAGUUUUUAUUCUAAUAAUCCAUUAUAUGAAAAUUCUUUAUGAAUUUUUAUCGGAAUUAAAUAAAAAAAUCUAAUGAAUAAUGCUACUGAAAGCUUAUUUUUUUGUAUUUUAUUUUUUGAAAAUGUUGUUUGUUUUUUUAAUCACUCAAAAUAUGUUGUCUCUCUAAGUGAAAAAUGAAAUUUUUUUUUUAAAGAUAUGCCUAAUAGAUCCAAUCAAAGAAAUAAAUAUAAAAAACUUAAUUAAAAAACGUUUUUUAUAUAUAUAUUUAGUCCGUUAUUCCAUAUGUGCUGUGGUUAUUACAUGAUUACAGUACACUGUCUUAAAUCAACUGUUCUGUUUAGUUGAUAUAAAAUAUGAAAUAAUUAGAAAAUAUAUUUGUAAUUUCACUAGACAACAUGACAUUUAUCAAUAUGAUUAUUUCUAGAAAUACUUUUCUAUUUAUGCAAACGUUAGAACGCGAUUUAAAUUUUUUUUAACUUGACCACUGUUUUUCAUUUUUUAUUGGCAUAUUUCUUUAGCCUAUCAUACGCUUCUUCGUAACAUUGUAACAUAACCACACUAUGCAAUUUUCUUAUUUUCAUUUUAGUACAUAGCACAUUGCAGCAUACUUUAUUACUUUUUUACAUUUCAACGCAUUUUUUAUAACUUGUGGAAAGUGACUUUCAAAACUAUAAUUACUUUACUAUUUUAAAAUGUGAUUGUAAAAUGUGCAGUUGAAAGUUACUCUCUAAUAAUACUUUAUAAAUUUUGUAUUAGAAGCCAUUAGAAUCAUAAUUAAAUAGAUAACGAUAAAACUAGAUGAAAAAACAUAAUAUUAGAAUUCAAAGCUUGCAAUCAUCAAUUGUUCGUCAACUGAAUUUACGGUAUACAUUUAAAAGUAAAUUUUAGAAAAUAAUGAUAGUUUAUAUUCUUCAGAAGUACAAAAGAUAAAUAAAUUGUGAGUGCAAAAAAGCAUUUAUUGCCCGAUAACAUUUAUUACACAUUACAUUUAUUGCUAACGAUAAAACUAGAUGAACAAAUGUGUGCAAUCAUCAAUUGUUUGUCAGCUGAAUUUGUGAUAUACCUUUAAAUGCAAAUUUGAGAAAAUAAUUAUAGUUUAUAUUCUUCAAAAGUACAAAAACGAAUUAAAUAUAUUCUAAGUACAAAGAAGCAUCUAUUGCACUGUGUAUACAAAAUUUGUAAUUAUAUAACAAUUAGAGAAAUAAAAUAUAUAGAAAUUUAGAAGCAUCUAUGCUCAUUAAGGUAUGAAACGUGUUAUUUAAUCAAUGUAAAAAGUUUAAAACUCUUUAAGUGUCAUAAGGUACUUAUAUUUUUUGUAUUUAAAAAUAUAUAUUGUAUUUAAAUACCAUGUAAUGGAUAUAUGACAGUUUCUAUUUUAUGCAGAAAAAAAACUUGUUAUUCUGUUGAAUUUUGUAGCCUUCUUUGUCCUCAGAUGUUGAAAUAAUUUGUUCACAUUUGAAUCAUUUGCGUCCUAUUGACGGAAACAAAUUCUAUCAGUAACACUUGUUACUGAUAAAAUACCAAUAGCUAUUGUCUAGCAAUCACAUAACGGGUACUUGUUCUCACAGAAAGCUCAACUCGUGAUUGACAGACAGGAGAUUACACAUCAAUAAAUUUAAAAUUCUACUGAAGCACCAAAUGUCAGGGCAAUAGGAAAACUUUUAGUCUAAAAAUUCUGUUGAUAACAAUACUCAUAACGGAUAUUAAUAUACCUAUUACUAUUGAUCAGCAAUCACAUAAUGGGUCAUUGUUCUCACUGAAAGCUCAACUCGUGAUUGGCAGACAGUAGAUUAUAAUAUUUUUCUUCAGCUCCAACAAUUUGUGCUCUUACAAAUAGGGAGAAUUUAACAGAGAACAUUCAGUGAUAUAAUAUAUGUGUUCAUUGUCUGACAUCAAAUUCAACAUUCAAAGAAUGUAAUAAUUUCACAUAUAUUAAAAUAUAAUUCUAUGUAAUAUCUGUUAAAGAAAAUAAUUAAAGCCCAGUAUUUUUUUAAGGAAAAUGAAGUUUUUGUGAUUGUAAAAAUUGAAGGAAAUAUAAAAUUUGUUGUUUAAUGUAAAUUUCAUUAUAAAAUAGCUUUUUAUACUGACAAGAAGUAUAAGAUACUCAUAAAAUUGUGCAUUCUAAUAAUCCAAAUUUUUUUUCCAGCUCACAAUAAUUUGUCCGCUUACAAAGGGGGGGGGGGAUUUAAUAGAAGAAAAUUCAGUGAAAUAAUACAAGAAUUCAUAUUCUGACAUCAUGAUCCGACAUUCAGAGAAAGUAAUAAUUUUGCAUAUAUUAAAAUGUUUCUAUACAAAACUGUACAGCAAAAUAAUUUAAGUCUUGUACUUUUUUAGAAAAAAUGAAGUUUUCGUUAGUAUUAUAACAAUUGAGAGAAUUAUAUAUAAAAUUUGUUGUUUAUAGAAAAUUUCUUUAUGAAAUAACUUUUCUUACUGACAAGAUACAUAAAAUACUCAUAAAAUUGUGCUUUCUAAUAAUCCAAUAAUUAAGGAUCUAUUCUUUAAAUUUUUAUUGGAAUUAAAAUUUUAAAAAAAAACUCAAAUGAGUGAUACUACCAAAUGUUCUUUUGAAUUUUUAUCGGAAUUAAAAGUUAAUAGGAAAAAACUUAAAUGAAUAAUAUUACCAAAUGUUCAUUUUUUUUUUAAAUUUUUUUUUUUGAAAUCAUCUAAAAUUUGUUGUUUCUGAAAAAUAAAAUAACAAACGCAAUAUUUUAUUUUAAAAAAAAGUUUUAAAUAUAUGCCUAAGACAUCCAAUCAAAAAUACUUAUGUAAAUAAACUUGUUUGAGAAGCUUGUUUUUGAUAUUUAGUCCGUUAUUCUAAGCGUACAGUGGCUGUUACGUCGUUGCAGUAAACUGUCACAAAUCAGCUAUACUGUUUAAGCUAACAUGAAAUAAAUAGAAAAUAUAUUUGUAAUUUCUUAAGAAAAUAACUAACUUAUAAUAACUAGAUAAAUAACUUAUUCUAAACGUGCAGUGGCUGUUUCUUCGUUACAGUAAACUGUCACAAAUUAGCUAUACUGUUUAAGCUAAUAUGAAAUAAACAGAAAAUACAUUUGUAAUUUCUUAAGAAAAUAACUGAAUUUAAGCGUCAAACAUAAAAUUUAGCAAUAUGAAUUUAACAAUUUCAAAUAAAAACUUCUCUAUUUAUGCAUGUAAAAAUCUUUUCUAUUUAUGCAAACGUUAGAACACAAAAUUUUCUUAAACUUGCCUACCGUUUUCCAUUUUCUACUGGCAUAUUUCCAUACUCUAUCAUACUCUUACUCGUAACAUAACCGCUCUAUGCAUAGUUUUCAUUUUAGCACAUCGAACAUUGUAACAUUAUAUAUUUUUUACACUUCAAAACGCUUUUUAUAAUUUGUGCAAAGUGACUUUCAAAGCUAUUAUUGCUUUACUAUUUUCAAAAGUGCUUUAUAGUUAUAAAAUGUGCAGUUGAAGAAUACACUCUAAUAAUACACUCUAAUAAUACUUCAUAAAUCUUGUAUUAGAAGCAAUUAGAAUCAUUAUUAAAUAGAUAACGAUAAAACUAGAUGAAAAAACAUAAUAUUAGAAUUCAACGCUUGCAAUCAUGAAUUGUUUGUCAACUGAAUUUAAGGUAUACAUUUAAAAGUAAAUUUUAGAAAAUAAUGAUAGUUUAUAUUCUUCACAAGUACAAAAGAGAAAUAAAUUGCAAGUACAAAAAAGCAUUUAUUGCCCAGUAUGUACAAACUUUGUAAUUAGAUAACAAUAAGAGAUGUAUAAUUUAUAGAAAUUUAGAAGCAUCUAUGCUCAUUAAGGUUUGAAACUUGCUGUUCUAUCAAAGCAAAAUGUUUGAAACUUGUUGUUCUAUCAAAGCAAAAUGUUUGAAACUUGUUGUUCUAUCAAAGCAAAAUAUUUGAAACUCUUAAAGUGUUAGAAGGUACUUAUAUUUUUUUAUUUAUAAAAUAUAUUGUAUUUGAAUACCAUGUAAUGGAUAUAUGCCUCUUUCUAUUUUAUAAAAUAAACUGUUUAUGUUAUUCUGUUGAA